AUGGCGUUAACUAAUAUAUUAUUAUUGACGCUCUGUGCCAAUUGGCCACCUUCAGACAUUACAGUGACUACUGUUCCUCCGCCGUGGCAAUGGAGUAAGUUAUUUAUACGUUUUUCAUAUAGAAAAGAUCAUUACUAUUUAUGUGUACCUAUAGGCCUAAUAGCAUGUACACAUUUUUUUUCAUCUAAGUGCGUUAUAGCUGUAAGUUAAGUUGUAAUGUUGGUUUGGUAUGUAAUCAAUGAUGGAACAUGUAAACAGGAAUCUAUUAAACAUAACCGCGGUGAUGAUACCUAUAAUUGAUCUGCCAUUGAAAGAGCUUAUAGAAGUGGAAGGACAUAUUUCUAAGAGAACAUCAACAUUUAAAUGCAUAGAAAUACCUAGUAAAUACCACAGUAAAAUGUGAACUAAUUCAAGUUGUGUACGAUCAACAGAGGAGGGGGAGAGGCUGGAACUUCUUUAGUUCGUCAAAUUUUUUUUGCUAACAAAUAUUUGUAGUAUAUACAAACUAAUAACUGUCAUUUGGUUCAUAACGAAUCAAACAUUGAAUGCAGUUUUUAAUAUUUAAAAUUAUCAUCUACUCUUUAAAAAUAGGUAGCUUAUUAAAAAUUUGUCAGUAAUCAUAUUACUUUAAAGCAUUUAUUUUCCAUACAGUCUCUGAACAUAAAGCAAAACAUAUGAAUAGCAGUAAUUAUCAAUGUGAUCUAAAAAACAGCCAGCAAAUUCAGCACGAAAUAUUGCGGGGCAAACGAUUGAAAAUCGCAACAUUUCCUGUGAGUAUAAUAAAUAACGCAGGUACCUACUUCGACUGCCCCAACUAAAAAGGUAUUAUCUCAUUUUUAAUAAAAAUAUUUUAAAACAAACAUAUACAGUUGUUUUUGAUGAAAAUCAAAGUUGUAGUAAAUUAUGCAAUUAAUAAAUAUCUAAUCUCUGUGGAUUUUUUGAGAUAUGAUCGUUUUCGUGGGCGAUAGAGAAAACACUCCACUACUAGAUCACCCUACUAAUAACAAGAAAUAUUACUUCAUCGAGAUAUUACCUUUUUCGCUGGGCAGUCGACUUAUACAUGUGUAUACUGCCGUGUCCUAAUCGAAUAAACUAUAAAUAAAGCUACGGACAUACUUCGCACAAUGGUGGGCUACUGUUGAAGGAAAUUGGGAAGGUUGAGGGAAAAUUUAAUGUAUAUCUUUACGUACCUUUAAUGUAUAUUUUUUCGGUUUUUCCCAUUUAUUAUGAAAACUGCUGGGGAAAUUAAAAAAUGACCACCUUAAAGUACCACCUCAGUUAGAUUUUUUUGAGAAUAAGUAUUCCACUUGAAAAUUGGAGUAAAAUGUAUGGUAGAAAAGUUGUUCACAGAUAAAAAAAAAAAAAAAAAAAAACAUCAUUGUAAAACCAUUGUAUUCUUCGCUCGGCUCAGAAUCUAAAAGGUAGAAAUUAGAAAAAUAAUUCAUAAACUCAUGUACGUGUAUCGUGUACUGUGCUGAAAUGUAUUUUUAGUCAUUUUUCACAUUCAUAAAAAUUCUAUAUCUUAAACAAAUGCUAGAAAAAAUUAGGUUGAAACAAAUCACGAAAAACUGUUAUUGAAAAAAAAAGGUUACAUAAAGAGUUGUUUAAUUUUUACCUGUAAGCAACAAUAAACCAUUGCAAAUGAAAAACGAUUCAGAGUGACAUUCGGUUAUACAUGUUUUGAUGGGCUGUAAAAUUUACGAUUUUCGUCAAAAUUUGAUUUUAAAAUUCUUAAAAAAAAAAUUACAUUACACUGUACUAAGCCACGUAGUAUACGCAUAAUACUUUUUUCGUGAUUUUUAUGUUUUUUUGUUGUUGUAAUUUAAUUAAACAAAACCGUAGAUACCUGAGUUUUCUCUGAAUUCUUAUAUUGGCCCUUUUUUUACAGGUAAAAUUAUUCUGGUCAUUUUUGAAUUACCUAUCUAUUAUAGCCAUUUAAAACUUUGAGUUUUAUUUGAUUUUACGUAAAUAAGAUAAUAUGACUUCUUAUUAAUGUUUAAAAAUUAGAUUUCCUCAUUGAUUUAUUAUUGUUAUGACGAUAAGAAAAAACUGUAGUCUCGGUUUAAAAUUUAAAUUUGUAAAACAAGCUUUUAAUACAUGUUUAACCAAAUUUCGCUCCGAAUCGUUUUUUCUUAACAAUAAUUUAUCGUUGAGUCCAGAUAAAACGGGUUAAGACAUUUAGAGGCCCCGGAACUAAACUUUUCAAUGAGGCUCUUGUUGAAAGGCUAAAUUUAUACAUUUUUUAAAAAUGUUUAUUAAUCAAUGUGUUUUAACAAAAAAAAAAAAAAUGAAUAGUAUAGAUACAUUAUAUAGAUCUCAACUCAAAGGCCACAAGUAUUAUUUAAAUAAAUACAUAUAUUAUUUUUAACAAAGUUACUAGUAGUUUAAACUAUAUAACAAUAAGAAUAAGUCACCAUUAGGCAACAAAAAAAAUUAAAAUAUCAGAAUGCAAAGUUAACGGUCAAAUACAUACGUAUAAAAAAUAAUACAUAAAGAACAUACUAUGGCAAAAACCGAGGCCUUGGGAGUCUGGUGGUCCGGGAGUUAUGGCCCUCCCUGAACCUCCCUUAAUUUGGGCUUGAGUACAAAUAUAAAUAAAUAAAAUGAUCCUGUGUAUUCUACCUUCCUAACUUGCCCACUAUAUAAUAGUACUGCAGCGGCCCUCACUAUGCUGCCCUUUUAUACAUUUCAUGCGGCUCGUACUAAAACUGAGUUUUACAUUUAUAAGUUUAACAUACUACACUUUUAAAAAGCAAAUAAAAUAAAAUACAUGAAAUAUUUUUUAUUGAACUUAUCUUAUUAUUCUUAUUGAUUUCAUCUAUCAUCUAUUUUUACCAUUUAUUAAAUUACCAGUUUGACAGUUAAGUAGUUACGAAAAUGAGUUUAUUUAAUACAAAAUAAAAUACGACAAUCGAAGACCCUUUUUAUUUAGGUCAGUACUGCGCAAAUUCAAAUUGAUUUACUGCAUGCGGCCCAUAAGUAAUUCUAGAAAAUGAUAUUCAAUCUUUUCCAAAAUCCUAGUGGAAACCGUUACAUUAGUGACACACUCAUCAACAGUAUACAUUUUGUUUUUUGUACAGAAUUCAAAACCUUUAAGUUGGGUUACAAAAGAAAUAAACGGUACACUCAUUGGCCAUGGCAUUGCAUUCGAAAUUGUGGAAACUCUCCGUCAACGGUAUGGUUUCACCUAUGACGUUGUGGUGCCGAAAAGAGAAACUCUGUUAAAUGAAAACGGUAGUAUCAUGUACAUGCUAGUCAAAGGGGUAAGAUAUAAAAAAAUAAAAACUAAUUUUCGUUAAUAAUCAUAACUAUGAUGUAUUUAUUUAAUAAUCAUAUAAAUAAUCAGAUUAGUAAUUUACGUGAUUUCAAAUUGAAUACAUUGAUAGGAAAAUAUAUUUAAUUAGGAAUUUAUCAUUGUGUACAUUUUACUAAGUAUAUCAGAUAUUAGAAUAUAUAAGACAUAACAGUUAUUUGAACUUUAAAAAUUGUAUGAUUAACUGUAUUAUAUAUAAUUACUAUAGGGAUAGCUAUAAUGUUAGUCAGAUUUACUAAAAUUAUGUAGUUAUGGUAACUAUAAUAAUAAUAGUAACAGCUAAAACACUUUUAGUAGUAAAUACUAAUUACUAAACAUUUUAGUAAAUAAACAUAUAUUUUAAAGUAGCCAUUACUAAAUUUUUAGUCAAUACUAUCAGUACAAAGUUGAAAAUAAUAAAUGCGAGAAAUAAAAAUGCAUUAAAGCUCUUGCCACAGAAUAUAGAACUUGGAACCUCUACACCUAACGCAAAUCAAUUUAACCACUAGACUACCUACAUAACUAUUGAUAUUGGGGACCGUUUCAUGGGUAUAUAAGCUAUCAAGUCACUUUUAAGGUAACUAAAUAACUAGUUCAUAUUUAUCCGGCCUUGAAUUUACAAGCGGAGGGGAUAUGUUGGGUUCUAUUACAUAAUUAUGUAGUAAAUAUAUAAUGUAUCAUAUUUUAUAUUAUUUUAUUGGUAUGCAUGUUAGUUAAGGUACUCACUUUGACGAGUACCUUAACUAACAUUCAAUGACCUUAAUACUUUAAAAAUUUAAUUUAAUAAACAUUAGCUAAAUCGUCUAAUAUCUUUAAUGAAUUAAUAAGAUUGUCGGAGAUGUAUUAUGAGUAAUUAAUAAUUAAUGAAUGAUUAAUGACUAUAUAUCCUAAGCCUAACCUGUUAAUAACUUAGUUCUUUUAAAAUUUAAGGAACUUAUGAAAUCGUACCAUUUUCUUCAGACUAAGUGAAUUUAAUACGGACAUUUCUUUUUUCCCAAACAAUGUUAUAUGUAGGUACUUAUUUUUAUUGUAAUUUCAACUAUUAAUAUUAGUAAAUUAUUUUAACUAUAUUUUUGAGACAAUUUAAACAUUUAAAAAAUGUAGUAACUAUAAAAUAUAGUAAACAUUACCAUAACAAACAACUAUAUUUAUAUACGUAUAUUACGUCUUCAUAGUUAUUUAUACAUUUGAAAACGUAAUUAAAUGUUAAUCGUUCUUCGUUAAUUUAAUUGAUUUCCAAUCAAAAAUGCAUUAGUUUAAUUUUUACAGAACUUAUUUAACCAUCAAAUGAUUCAAAUGUUUGUUUUUCAAUCAUUUUUUAAUUUAUUAGAGUACAUAUUUAUUUUUUUACUGUUUAAAAAUAAAUGCUAUUUAAAAAAAAAAACUUGGAGGUAUACUUCAUCAAAAUAAUUAAUUAGGCAAGUACUAGAAUCUAUAGAUUGAUUUGUACUUAAUAUUAAUGACUAUAUACACAGCAUUGUAUAUCUAUUACUGUCCAGUACCCAUUUUAUGUAUUGUUUUUUAAAUUAACACUGAUUAAAAAAUAUUAUUUUUAGAAUGAUUUGAGUAAUAAUUUUAGCUGAUACUCUUUAAUACUUUAAUGUGUAUCAAUUAUAUAUUUUACAUAUAUAUAUAUCUAUUAUAUACCUAUUUGCUUCAGGAAGUAGAUAUGGCAGCUGCUUUUAUACCGGUUUUGCCGGGAUUGGACCAUAUUGUCAAGUGGGGAAUUGAAUUGACUCAAUUUCAAUAUGUUGUACUAAUGAAAAGACCUAAGGAAAGUGCUACUGGAUCUGGUUUAUUAGCGCCUUUUGAAACCGAAGUAAAUUUUUAAAAAAAAAAAAAAAAAAAAAUGCUUAUAUUAUUCUGUAUGUAGUAUGUGUAAGGUAAAUUGAUUUUACUUUUUCAGGUUUGGUUGUUGAUUUUAAUAUCUUUGAUAGCGGUGGGGCCAAUUAUUUACGGUAUUAUGUUAUUGAGACACAAACUUUGCGGUCAUGAGUCUGUUGUGUAUCCAAUACCCUCAUGCGUAUGGUUUGUGUACGGUGCUUUAAUGAAACAAGGGUCAUCUUUAAACCCAGAUACCGGUACGCAUAGCGAGUGGAAGAGCUUAAAUUUGUAGAUUUCUGUUUUUCAAUAAGUACUUAAAUUCGUAUACAAACUUAAAAUAAAUAUAUCGUAGGUAUAUUUUACAUAUUCUAAACAAUACUCUGAAUUUAGAAUAACUUGUUUUGAUAAUAUUUCAUUGUGAUCCGAACAUUGCGUAUGAUUAUACCUAUUUUAAUCUAAAUAUUAUAAUCUAAUAUGUACUUACUAUUUAACAUAAUAUUAUGUAGAUUCUGCCAGAUUGAUAUUCGCCACGUGGUGGAUAUUCAUAAUGAUAUUGACCUCGUUUUAUACGGCCAAUUUGACUGCGUUUCUAACGCUGUCUAAAUUCACAUUGCCAAUUAAAAGACUUGAAGACAUUGCGGAUAACGAGUACCGGUGGAUCGCCUCGGAGGGUAGUGCCGUAGAGUACAUUGUUAAAGUGGACAACGAUCUGGAGCCGCUCAAACAAUCGAUGUUUGAAGGAAACGGACAGUUUAUGGAAAUAAAUAUCGACGAAAUUCAAACGAUUUUAAAUUAUAUAUCGUCGGGUGAUUGUUAUAGUAAUGAAUAAUAAUAAACUAAAUUGAUAAUUAACGAAUUUUAACAUCGACGCACGAAAUAUCACAGGCCUAUCUACCUAUAAAUAACAUUUUUAAUAAACAAUCUUGUUUAUAUUAUAAAUUAUUUUCGCAGGAACGCUGCUUUUACACAAUAAAAAUUGGCUCAAUUUUUUAAUGUUACACAUCGAGAGAUCAAUAACGGAUGACAAGGAACGGUGCCGUUACGUGUUGACAACGGAUCCGUAUUUAACGAGAUCAAUGUCAUUCGUCUACCCUAAGUACAGUAUUUUACCGCCGCUAUUUAAUGAAAUGUAAGUUUACAAUAUUUCUGAUAUUUAAUGUUAAAUAUUUGAUUGUAUUGUAUUAUUGUUUAUUUAUUUUUAAUCUGAUUAAUGAUUUUAAUUUAAUUAUUACUGCGCAUGCAGUUUCCAAUAUUCAAUACGAAUAAAUAACAGCAGAUGUGUGACUAGGACGUAUGUAUCCCAUAUACUUAUACUAAAUUUUAUAGUACCCGUGGAUUAUAUGUGUAGGAAUAUAUUGUAUAAUGUAUAAAUUACUGAAAUAUUAUACAAUUGUGCAAACGAUUCAAUUGCAUGAUGCAAUUUACGAGUGAUACAGUGGUAAAUAGUAAACACCCUCUAUUUUUACCCCUUCCAGGUAAUCGCAACAUGUUUGAGAACAUUUUGACAUUUAUAUCUGUAAAUAAUGUAGAACAUGUUUGAGUAUAUAAAUAAAUUACGUACAUUUUUACAAACAAACUGAAUAUCCCUUGGUACUUUUGUAUAUUAUCCUGAUUGUCUCUGAUUCCAUGAAUUCCGUUAUUCUGGUUUUUUCAUCUCCCACCUCUUGCUUUAUCCAAUAUCGGUAUCAGGUUUGGUCGGUUAUUUGGAUCAACCGGUAGGUUAGGUUUUCGUUACUUUUUAAUAGAGAUACGGUUUACAUAUACCUUUGAACGUUGUAUUAAUUUCGACCUACCUAGAGUAUUAAGGUUAAAACAUAGGUACAAAAUGGGGGUCUGUAUAGGCUUCGACCACCUCUCAAUAAGCCAAGCUCUCCCAAAUCCAAGUCCUUAUCAAAUAUCAAAAAACUAUUACGUUUAAAUAACCAGUAUUAUGGGGUGUCGAGCCCUCGAAAAAUAUUUGUGCUAUUAUUGCGGCUACAACUAAUGGUAUUUACACCAGGUAUUCGGUCGCAAGCUAUCAGUGAAUAUCCACGGUGUUAGUAAGGCACGUGUUUAAAAAAAUUAAAUACCCGCUGAUGUAAGCCGAUGCCUUUAAUACUAAUAGUAUUUUAUAGCGGGUUUAAUAUUCAACUACUACAAAUAAACACGUGCCCACACUCGAUAUUUAAACUUUGGAUUUCAAUCGUCUUCUAUAAUUACCUAUUAUAUUAUAAACGCUGCAGUAUACCUGUUCUAUGAUGUGCCGCAGAAUGUUGUCGUACAUGGAGUCGGGUAUCGUAAAACACCUGCAAACCAAAGACCUGCCGGAAGCGGUCAUCUGCCCGCUGAACCUGGGCAGCAAAGAGCGGCAGCUCCGCAACUCGGACCUGUACACCACGUACGCGGUGGUGGUGUGCGGGUUUUCGAUGGCCGCGGCCGUGUUCACGCUCGAGUUGCUGUCCACGCGCACCGGUUGGUUCGUGGCAGCCGAGUUCGCGGUGGAUGGCCGCCGACACCACGGACACAGCGCCGUCCAGUCCGAGAUCUCGGCCUUCGGCAGACCGUCCAAGUCCGUGUAUCCGUUCAGCCAUCGGGACAACGUGAACGCCGCGUCCGCCACCAGGUUCGCUUUCGACGGCGCGCAGUCCGGUCGAGGAUUCGCCGCCGUCGACAACACCUGCUAUAAUAUCGCCGGCGGUGGCGGCGGCGGCAGUGGCGGUGCCAUGAACAUUGCGGCCAAAGUUUCGCCAUCGUUGCUGUUGUUCAACGGGAAAUCGUUACCGCGUUUUCAAUAUUAG